UCCGGGGGCAGCAGCAGCUCGGGCCCCAAGGGCAACGGGCUCAUCCCCAGCCCGGCGCACAGCGCCCACUGCAGCUUCUACCGCACGCGCACCCUGCAGGCCCUGAGCUCGGAGAAGAAGGCCAAGAAGGCGCGCUUCUACCGGAACGGGGACCGCUACUUCAAAGGCCUGGUCUUUGCCAUCUCCAGCGACCGCUUCCGGUCCUUCGACGUGCUCCUCGCGGAGCUCACCCGCUCUCUGUCCGACAACGUGAACCUGCCCCAGGGCGUCCGCACCAUAUACACCAUCGACGGCAGCCGGAAGGUCACCAGCCUGGACGAGCUGCUGGAAGGUGAGAGUUAUGUGUGUGCAUCCAACGAGCCAUUUCGUAAAGUUGAUUACACCAAAAAUAUUAACCCGAACUGGUCCGUGAACAUCAAGGGUGGAACAAGUCGAGCUUUGGCCCCGGCCUCCGUGAAAAGUGAAGUCAAAGAAAGUAAAGAUUUCAUCAAACCCAAGUUAGUGACUGUGAUUCGAAGUGGAGUGAAGCCUAGAAAAGCUGUACGGAUCCUUCUGAAUAAAAAGACUGCUCAUUCCUUUGAGCAGGUCCUAACAGAUAUCACCGAAGCCAUUAAGCUCGACUCGGGAGUGGUCAAGAGGCUAUGCACCCUGGAUGGAAAGCAGGUUACUUGUCUGCAAGACUUUUUUGGUGAUGAUGAUGUUUUUAUUGCAUGUGGACCUGAAAAAUUCCGUUAUGCCCAAGAUGACUUUGUCCUGGAUCACAGUGAAUGCCGUGUCCUGAAGUCGUCUUACUCUCGAUCCUCAGCUGUGAAGUAUUCUGGAUCCAAAAGCCCUGGGCCUUCUCGUCGCAGCAAAUCACCAGCUUCAGUAAAGAGAGGUGGCCACUACUCCAGUGCCUAUUCUACAGCCAAAUCCCCAGUUAAUGGAACUCCCAGCAGCCAACUUUCCACUCCUAAAUCUACAAAAUCCUCCAGCUCCUCUCCAACCAGCCCAGGAAGUUUCAGAGGACUAAAGAUUUCUGCUGAUGGCAGGUCACCUUCCAGUGUAAAUGGUGGGCCCGAGCUGGACCGCUGCAUGAGCCCAGAAGGUGUAAAUGGAAACAGGUGCUCUGAAUCAUCGACUCUUCUAGAGAAAUACAAGAUUGGGAAGGUCAUUGGUGAUGGCAACUUUGCCGUAGUCAAGGAGUGUAUGGAAAGGUCUACUGGAAAGGAGUUUGCCCUGAAGAUUAUAGACAAAGCCAAAUGUUGUGGAAAGGAACACCUGAUUGAGAAUGAAGUGUCAAUAUUGCGCCGAGUGAAACAUCCCAAUAUCAUCAUGCUGGUCGAAGAGAUGGAAACCACAACUGAGCUCUUUCUGGUGAUGGAAUUGGUUAAGGGUGGAGAUCUCUUUGACGCGAUCACUUCUUCGACCAAGUACACAGAGAGAGACGGCAGCGCCAUGGUGUACAACCUGGCCAAUGCCCUCAGGUACCUGCACGGCCUCAGCAUUGUGCACAGGGACAUCAAGCCAGAGAACCUCUUGGUGUGUGAGUACCCUGACGGGACCAAGUCGCUGAAGCUGGGAGACUUCGGGCUGGCGACGGUGGUGGAAGGGCCUCUGUACACCGUCUGUGGCACACCCACUUACGUGGCUCCAGAAAUCAUCGCUGAAACCGGCUACGGCCUGAAGGUGGACAUCUGGGCAGCCGGAGUGAUCACAUACAUACUUCUGUGUGGAUUCCCACCCUUCCGAAGUGAGAACAACCUUCAGGAGGACCUCUUCGACCAGAUCCUGGCGGGGAAGCUGGAGUUUCCAGCCCCCUACUGGGACAACAUCACCGACUCAGCCAAGGAAUUAAUCAGUCAAAUGCUUCAGGUAAAUGUCGAAGCUCGAUGUACUGCAGGACAAGUCCUGAGUCACCCGUGGGUGUCAGACGAUAGCUCCCAGGAGAACAAUAUGCAAGUGGAGGUCACAGGUAAACUAAAGCAGCACUUUCACAACGCGCUCCCAAAGCAGAACAGCACCACCACUGGGGUCUCCGUCAUCAUGGAGCCCAGCAGGCGCCAUGGGGACGGAGCCAGCGACGUGAGGCUGUGCUCACAGUUUGCAGGGAGCCGGCAUCUGCUUGCAGCCUUGCUGUGUGCUGGGACUCUGCAGGCUCUUGGCAAAUGGCCUCAUCCCGUCCACACUGCCAGAGCUGAACUUGUCAGUAAGACAGCACUGCCCGCCAGCCUCUUCGAGGAGUCUGGCGCUCAUCUCUGGCAGUACCCACUCUCAUGGCCCCAGUCUCUUGGGAAGCUUUUCUUGUCCUGAAAGUGGCAGGAGGAAAAGACCUGACCCAGCCAGGACCAGGCCUGGGUUAGGACUGUGUGGGGGACACAGGGCCCCUUCGUACCCACCCUUGUUGCCAUGCCUGUCUCUGGAUGCCCCAUCUCUGGGAAAGCUUGAAAUGCUGUUUUGUAUUAAAAAGAACCACAGAACGACCACCCCUGCAUUCCCGUGUCCUUGUUACUCUGUGAGCUAGUACAGGUUCCUACAGAUACAAGUGAGAGAAGGAGUAGGGCAAGACUGCUUUGUGGCUGGACAGUUGGAUGGCUGUUUCGCAGCUUGCAGACAGGACUUGUGGCCCACUCCUGUCCCCGGGUUGGCACCUGAGGCUCAGUGAGAAAGUGCUAAGCAGUCCUAUUUAAAGGUGAGAAAAAAUAAAGCUGAUGGUUUGUCU